GCGCGUAAGGAUGCGUCGCGGACCGAAGCAGCGCUGCGCAACGAGAUCGAGGCGGUCAAGCGCGGGCUCGAGCGCAUGAGCGGGACCGACCACAGGAGCAAGCAGAAGGUGCUCGCUCUACAGGAGAGCAUCCGCCAGGCGAACAUGCAGGCCGAAGAGGCGGAGCGCGAGGCGAAGGAGGUGGAGCUCGGUCUAGACGAGUGGCGCAUCAAGGAAGAGGAGCGGGAAGAAGAG